AGUAACUGACAAAAUUGGACAAAAUGAAGCGUGCAUGUGGUUUUGUUAUAUUUCGAAGAUUCAAAGGAUCCAUUGAAUAUUUAUUGAUGCAAACAUCAUAUGGUGAACAUCAUUGGACACCCCCAAAAGGUCAUGUUGACAAAGGUGAAAGUGAUAUGACAACAGCUAUACGUGAAACAGAAGAAGAAUCUGGUUUAUUAAAAAAUGAUUUAAAUAUAUUUGAAGAUGUUAAAAAAGAACUUAAAUAUAAUGUCAAAGGUAGACCAAAAAUAGUUAUUUAUUGGCUAGCUGAAUUAAUUAAUCCAAAUAAAGAUGCAAGAUUGUCAGAUGAACAUCAAGCUUUUUUAUGGUUACCACUUGAAGAAGCAUGCAAAAAAUCUGGUUACCAAGAUUUACAAGAUACAUUGCGUUAUUUUGAUAAAUAUAUUUCUGAUAAAUUGUUAAAAUAA